UGCUUAGAUGCUCAUAUGUGUGAAUGCUUAUUUCUGUUGAAUCAUUUGUGCUUAGUUGUAGCUUCAUGUAUGCUUUUAUAAGACUGUGUAACCUUCUGCGUAAUGGAGGGCUUUAGGACCCAGCACUGGCUCUUUGGCUCUCUCACAGAAAGCACAGACACUAGCGCAGUAGCAUUGCUCUCCACACACACUCCCCCACCAGCACCGGAUACACACUAUACAUCCAUAUGCACUGUUCAACCUAAUAGACAAGACCUCUUAGACAGCUCCCAUACACACAUAUUUAGAUUUCAAGACGGUAUGCGCUGAAUGCCUGCUCAUCAGUGAGCAUCAAGCUGUGGUGCUGGCCUUCUCCUGGAGCAGACAGCAAGUUUCAUCCAGCCAUCAUUGGGAUGGAGAGAAGAGACAGAGUGAUGUGUGAUGGAAGACAGGGGAGGUAGGGAGUGUGACAGAGGGAGACAGAGAGGUAGAAAACAUAUUGGCAUCUAGAAAAGGGCAGGGAGUCUUCAGCAACACUGGAGCGGCAUGUCUCAAAUGAAGAGGUACACUUAUAGCAGGACCACUAGCAGUGGCAGCAGCAGGAUGAGUUCAGAUGGAGGAGGACGGCCAGUGAAGGUGGGCUCUGUGGUGGAGGUCAUUGGAAAGGGUCAUCGUGGCACCGUGGCCUACAUUGGCAAUACACUCUUCGCCUCGGGGAAAUGGGUGGGAGUCAUCCUAGAGGAGGCCAGAGGCAAGAACGAUGGCACAGUACAAGGCAAGCGCUACUUCACCUGCCUUGAGAACCAUGGGAUAUUUGUGCGGCAGUCACAGAUCCAGUUGGUGGAGGAUGGGGCAGACACAACCUCACCUGACACUCCUGAUGCUGUCACAUCUAAAGUGCCUAAGCGGGAGAUUCUGGAAGCUCCCAAGUCCAAUAAAGUGCGAGGAGUCAAACCCAAAAAGACGCCUGCUCCUCGUAAGACUACGGUCAGGAGGCCAAAGGCUCGGGCGGGUGUCGGAGUAAAGGUGGGCUCUGGAUCAGCAUCGGCUGGUGAGAUGAGCAGCAGUGAACCCAGCACACCUGCUCAAACCCCACUGGCUGCUCCUGUUAUCCCCUCCCCUGUAGGGACGCUCCCUUCCCCUGGAGCUCCACCCAUCCCAGCCCCGAGUAAGGAGGAGGAGGCUCUACGGGCACAGGUGAAAGAUCUGGAAGAAAAGCUGGAGACUCUGCGCAUGAAGCGAGCAGAGGAUAAGGCCAAGCUAAAGGAGCUGGAGAAGCACAAGAUCCAGCUGGAGCAGCUACAGGAGUGGAAGAGCAAGAUGCAGGAGCAGCAAAAUGAACUGCAGAAACAACUCAAAGAGGCCAAAAAAGAAGCAAAAGAAGCUUUAGAAGCAAAGGAACAUUAUAUGGAGGAGAUGGCAGACACAGCAGAUGCUAUCGAGAUGGCCACCUUAGAUAAAGAGAUGGCCGAGGAGCGGGCGGAGUCUCUGCAGCAGGAGGCUGACGCACUCAAAGAGAAGGUGGAGGAAUUGACCAUGGACCUGGAGAUCCUCAAACAUGAGAUAGAGGAGAAAGGCUCUGAUGGUGCAGCAUCUAGUUAUCAUGUGAAACAACUGGAAGAACAAAAUGCCCGUCUAAAGGAGGCCUUGGUCAGGAUGCGUGACCUGUCAGCCACCGAGAAACAGGAGCACUCAAAACUGCAGAAGCAGAUGGAGAAGAAGAACUUUGAGCUGGAGACAGUGAGGGUGCAGAAAGAGAAAACGCAAGAGGAAAUGAAGAUGGCGGAGAAGACCAUAGACGAGCUCAAAGAACAGGUGGAUGCAGCUCUUGGAGCAGAAGAGAUGGUAGAGACUCUAACUGAGCGUAAUCUGGACCUGGAAGAGAAAGUGCGGGAGCUCAGAGAGGCCGUUACUGACCUGGAGGCCAUUAAUGAGAUGAACGACGAGCUGCAGGAGAACGCCAGAGAGACGGAGCUGGAGCUGAGGGAGCAGCUGGAUCUGAGUGCAGCCAGUGUGCGAGAGGCAGACAAACGUGUGGAAGCGGCCCAAGAGACUGUAGCAGAUUACCAACAGACCAUCCAGAAAUACAGAGAGCUGACCGCACACCUGCAGGAUGUGAACAGAGAGCUGAUGAGCCAACAGGAGGCCACCACUGAGCCGCAGCAGCAGCCUGCCGAGAUCUUCGACUUCAAGAUCAAGUUUGCAGAAACCAAAGCAUAUGCGAAGGCUAUUGAGAUGGAGCUGCGUAAGAUGGAAGUGGCUCAGGCGAACAGACAGGUGGCUCUUCUCACCUCCUUCAUGCCCGACUCCUUCCUGAGACACGGAGGGGACCAUGACGGCAUCCUCGUCUUGCUGCUCAUGCCCAGACUCAUCUGCAAGGCAGAGCUGAUCAGUAAACAGGCGCAGGAGAAGUUUGAUCUGACUGAUAACUGCUCUCAGAGGCCGGGGAUGAGAGGGGGAGUGGGGGAGCAGCUCAGCUUUGCUGCUGGACUUGUUUACUCUUUGAGUUUGCUUCAGGCAACACUGCACAAAUAUGAAUAUGCCCUUAAUCAGUGUAAUGUAGAGGUAUAUAAGCGUGUGGGUUCCCUUUACUCUGAAAUGAGUGUGCAUGAGCGUUCUUUGGACUUCCUCAUUGAUUUGCUGCACAAGGAUCAAUUGGAUGAAACUGUGAAUGUUGAGCCACUUACUAAGGCCAUUAAAUAUUAUCAGCACCUUUAUAGCAUUCAUCUGUCUGAUCAGGCGGAGAACUGCACCGUGCAGCUGGCUGACCAUAUAAAAUUUACCCAGAGUGCCCUGGACUGCAUGGCGGUGGAGGUGGGUCGUCUGCGUGCCUUCCUGCAGGUGGGAGAGGAAGAAACACCGUUUUCUGUGCUGCUCAAAGAUCUGCACACUUCCUGUAGCGACAUUCGCCAGUUCUGCAAGAAAAUCCGCCGCCGCAUGCCGGGCACUGACGCGCCAGGGAUCCCUGCUGCUCUCAACUUUGGGCCUCAGGUGAGUGAGACACUGGCAGAAAGCAGGAGGCAGCUGGCCUGGGUGAAUGCUGUACUGCAGGAGGUGGCUGCAGCAGGAGCUCAGCUCAUCGCGCCACUCGGUGAACAUGAAGGUCUGCCAACGCUUAAACUUGAGGACAUGGCCUUCAAAGCAGCUGAACAGAUCUACGGCUCUCAGGGUAUAAACCUCUACGAGUGUCUGCGCCAGUCCUGUAGUGUCGUCAUCGCAACCAUGAACAAGAUGGCCACUGCUAUGCAGGAGGGAGAGUACGACUCUGAGAAGCCUCAGACUGGGAUGGCUCCAGUGGAGGUGCGGGCGGCUGCACUGAGGGCAGAGAUCACAGAUGCUGAGGGACUCGGCCUAAAAUUGGAAGACAGAGAGACUGUCAUCAAAGAGCUCAAGAAAUCUCUCAAAAUAAAGGGUGAGGAGCUGAGUGAGGCCAACGUGCGUCUGAGUCUUCUAGAGAAGAAGCUGGACAGUGCGUCAAAGGACGCAGACGAACGAGUGGAGAAAAUCCAGACCGUUCUGGAUGAGACCCAGGCACUACUAAAGAAGAAGGAGAAGGAAUUUGAAGAGACCAUGGAUGCUCUGCAGGCCGAUAUAGACCAACUCGAGGCAGAGAAGACGGAGCUGAGACAGCGUAUAAACAGCCAAUCGAAGAUAAACAUUGAGGGACUCAGAGGAAGUCCCGCCUCUGGCAUUGCAUCCAUUGUGACUGGUGGCAUCACAACUGGUGCUGUAGGAGUGUGUGCUGCUGGAGGUGUGCAGGUGAUAGAUUCUCCACUGCUGACACAACAGAUUGAAGCUCAGAGACUCAGCAUAAAGCGUCUGAAGAAUGAAAACAACAUCCUGAAGGCAGAGAAGAUGCGUACUCAGUUAGCCUCGCUUCCUCCGUUAAAUGUCUCUAAGCUGAGCUUGCGUGAAGGUUGUAGACCAGAAGUCCUAUCCAGCGCUCUCUAUCGCAAAACAGACCAACUCCUGGAAACACUGCUGCAGAUGAGUGCCAAUGUCAAAGUCGUAGACAUCACUGGAAAAUCACCAGUGACUCCCAGUGCUCAGCUCCUGGAGCAGACAGCAAGGCUACAGUCUCUCAGUGAGACUCUCGACAGGCUAAAGGAUGAAGUAGCGGAGCAUGUGGUGUCUCAGAGACCUGGUGCUCAGGUUUCAUCUGACUUUGCUACUUUCCCUUGCACCUCAUUCGUAAAGGCUAAGGAGGAGAAGAUGAGAGAUGAAGUGUUGGUUGGUCGUGUGAUGGUGCCUUGUGCUCGAGGGCAGGAGGAGGUUCACCGGCUCGUGCUGUCCCAGUACCAGCUGCAGAGAGUGCAUCGCCUGCUUCAGACUUAAAACAUAACCUUCUUCAGCAAGAAUGAGCCCUGCUGCCGCUUCCUGAAAAACCUGCUCCCCCAUCACUAGAUGCAGCUCAACUUUACCAUCGGAAGGAUACGCAUGAACCUUGGAGACCCAGACACAUAGUGAAUUGCAGUGACUGGUUGGGAAUGUUUCUUUGCCUUGGCAUCUUCACACUUCCUGAGAAGCACAUGCUCCUACUGAGGCAGAAGGCAGUAACUGAGAAAAAAUAACUUUAAAAUGAUUAAUUUACUUGAUGCCCAACAAAAUAAGUGGUAGUUAGAUCAGUCAAUAGAAUACCGUUUGAAGGCUGUUAAAGUUCUUUAAACUGUGAAAUAAAAUGGCAUAGCAAAAAGAGCUAAAUUGAUACUGUAGAUACUGCCUUUUGCCUUAGUAGGACAACUCUGUUUACUUGAGUGCAAUUUUAUUAAUUUUUUUUUAAAUCACUGGAUGCAGUCAAACAGCUAAAGUUUUUAAGCAUAUUUAAAUAUUACAAAAGUGCACCAUUUCCCCCCAGAUACUAAACAACAGAGUUUAUCAUUUAAUGUCAUUUGACAUACCCAAGUCAACACUUCAGAUAAAUUUCAAUGUAUUUUUGUGCUGACUUCAGCAAGCUAGAAAUGGGAAAAGACAGAUUUCUGUAAGGCUGACCGCUGUGCUCAUGAGAUAUUUUAGAAUGGUUUAAAACUCUGAAGUUCCACAUCUUCAAAAGACAAGUACAAGCGGUCAUGAUGACGUGCUAUAAAAUGAUAAGUGUUCCAAAUUAUUCAUCUGGCUGUGCCUGAUUCCUGAAGUGGCCCAGUAUAGAAAUCUUUUACUAGGAUAUCAGGGAUCAAGCUAAUGGGGAAAAACAAGUCAAACAAGGACCCUUAAGGUUUAAGGCAGGUUUGCUGCAAUAUUCCUUUUUUGUCAUCCACGAUUAUGCAUUGGCAUUAGACAUGGCAGAAAAGAAAAACAUACAUUAACAUAUUUUAAAAGCGGAAAUGAAUUUCCCAGAAAACAUGUAAACUGUCACAAACAGGGUUUCAUAUAUGCCACGUAUCUGUAUCUCUUAACGAUUGAGUUAAAUAGGAGGCUAAACAUUUCAUACAGUCUUAUAAUAUAAAGGGAUGAGAGUGAGAUUUAGACAAUUUAAGACUACUAGUCCUUAAUAUUUAAACCAAAGCUGUUUAAUGUGCUACACUGUACUGUGAGAGCAUUUUUUUUUUUUUUUUUGAACGGGGAGUUUGUUGAAGAGAAAAUUGGAGCUUACAUCUCAGAUAUGACCCGGAUAUUCACACUGGUUAGAAAGAGUGAAAGAGGGGUGGAAGAGGGGGCGGUUGGCAGACGACAAACUUCAGUAUUUGCUCAAAAGUCAAUAAAGUGGUCUUAAGUAAUCAAUGUUGUCUUAAGUUAUUAACCUAUUUAUUGUGUAAAAUGCCUAAUGUUGCUUACAUUGACCAUCAUUGUGAAGAAUGUGUUUUCAUAAUGUUACAGCUGAAUAAAGCACAUCUAAUAGAUGCUACAGAAAAAGGUUGUCAUUGUUUUUUAUAGCUUUUGUAAUAACGUGAAUGGGACACCUUUAACUACUAACCUCAGCAACCACAAUAAUGAUAAAAACUACACCAUUUUGAUCAAACAUGGCUUUCCUUUCUCAUUUCCCGGAGACGAGCAGGGUAUUAGGGCAUCAUUCAGAACACCUGCUGCUUCAGAAAAGAAAGAGCAGAAGGGAAAAAGAGGAAUGAGUACAGUAAGAGAAACAUUUUACUCAGCAAAACAAAACUUCACGUCACUUACAGAUUCUCUCGAGUUUAAAUUGCAGUGUCCUUGCUGUAUGUGUAAUAGCUUUGGAAUCUUCAUUUGUGUUCAGUAUAACUAGAUAUGCCCCACACAGAUACCCUAAAAAUUGCUGUGGCUGCUCUCACUUUGAUAGCCUAAAAAUCACACUUACCGUAGACAGUUUAUACCCAAGCAUACAGUUGUGCAAGACUGAUGACUCAUAAUUGUACCAUCCGUUGUCACCCAGAAGAGGAUGCGUUUCCUUUUG